GGGGGGGGGCAAAGGGCAGCACAUCAGUCCAAUGGCGAAGGCCCGGACUGGUGGAUGGCUGAUGGGUGGAUGCCGAACAACCGUGCCAAAUCCUGAGAAGAGCGGAUAUUCACCCGCACUGGGGAUCGAGCGAGUGGGGCUGCAGGAAGGUCGGCCGGCGUGCCGGUCGGGGGGAUGGUCGACUCAUCGGCCGCCGGGGCCAGGCCACUGGGGGAAGAUGGACCGCCGCCGGAAGGGGCAGGAUCCAGGGCCGAAGACCGGGUGGACCGAAGAGCAGCAUGCCCGCCGGCUGUGGCAUUCUCACCGAGGGCUGACCCCUGGUUGGUGAGCUGGCGUGAGAUCGCAGUGGGCGCAGGGCUCCCCGCUGUGGCCGUGGCCGUGGCCGUGGCCGUGGCCGUGGCCGUGGCUGCCGGCAUGCCUGCCCUCGCUGUGGCAUGGGGAAUGGAUGACGGCAGCUUGGGGGGGAUUGGUGCGGCGCUCCAUGGCUGGUGUGCGCUGCCCCGGGGCUUGGGUGAGGCGCGCUUCUUUGGGCCGCUGGGUGCCGGGGUGGUGCCGACCCGCAAUAUCCGAGCCACGGUUCCGCAACUGACACCAACCGCCUGGGCAAUCUGCCGAUAGGAAAUGCGCGGCCGGGUUUGCGCCCCGAGCUCGAGAAUGCGACUACGCUGGGCGUCGGUCAGUGUCUUCCGGUCGCUGCGCCACUCGGGCAACUCCGCGCGGAUGAUGCGCGACACGCUGGUGUGGGGGACACCCAGCUGCCGGGAGAUGGCGGCAAUCGACAGCCGCGGCGAGGUCUGACUGGCCAGACGGACAAUGGCCCCGCGGGUGCCGGCGGCGAUUGGCUGCCCAGCUGGCCGGGCUUGGCGAAUUGCCUCGGGCGGCAGGGCUUGCCGGAGGACACGCAUCACGGUCGACUGGCUGACCCCCGUCUCGAAGGCCACCUGUCGAGUGGACAGGGCCGGCGAGCUGAGGAGCGCGUAGCGUAAAACCGUUCGCCGGAUUUGGAUGUUGAUCGAACGGAAGGGGGUCGGCGCAUGGACACGUCCCUCCAUCAGGGGCGGAUGCAUGGGCGAAUGCCGAGGCCCGGUCCCCGGCGAUCCGGCCGGGGGACUGCAGACCCGAGGAGGGCCGGGUGCCGUGGGAGGGGGUGGCUCUACGAAGGCCGGACCGGCGCCAGUACCUGGCCGAGUGGGCGGCGUCCCGGCUGGCGCCGCGGCCCGGGCAGGUACCCCGCGACCGGAGGCCGGCGUGGAGAAAGUGGCUCGAGAUACAGUGGCGACGGUGAAGCUGGCACAUGGCAGCUCACAGCGAAAGGGGCCCAGGCCGGCCAAGGAAACUAGGCGCAGCAUGCACCGGUCCAGGACAGAGGCCGACCCCAAGUCGCCAUUGGAAGUCUGCGCGGGGAGGCAGGAUUGCGUGUGUGUGUGUGUGUGUGU